AGUUAGUAAAACUUGAAAGGAGAAAAAUUCAACAUUUAACUUGCGUGAAUUAUUAGUGAUUUUAAAAUGAAGAGAAAUGUAUUGUGGAUAUUUGCUUUUAUUCUCGCAUUGCAUUUUACAUUUGUGCUCAGCGAAGGAACGCCAAAGCCAGAGGAGAGCCGGUCUCUGCAAAUUGGAGGCGUUACAGACCUGGAGUCUGAGGGAAGAACUAGGAAGCACCACCACAAAUUAUGGUACCUUUGGGGUUGGCAUGCUCUUGCCAUUGCCUAUUGGGUCAAAGUGAAACUUGUCGUUGUGGGCUUUUUCGUGGGCAGCGCCAUAUUUGUCGCUUUGCGAUACGCAUGGCCAAACAAAUGCUCAACAGGCGUCGUGCAUGACUCUCCCGCAAUUAUUUACGAUCAUCCCCCACCUUCUUUUGCUCAUGACCAUGUGCCCUAUUCCCUAGACCACUCCAACUUUUUCGAUCAUUCAUACAGCAGUUCGGACUCUGUCGAUCCAUAUUCUGCUUAUUCAGGCUCGUUUUCUCAAGAUAUUACAGCCACUGCAGAGGAAGUGCCGCCGACAGCACCAGGAACUCACAGGGUGUGGCGACGUAGUUUACAACAACAGGCAAAUUAUCGACGCCAAGAAACUGAAACUACAAUGAAUACGGAAGAGAGAAUUGCCGAAUUCUUUUUCGACUUCUUAGGUUUGGAUUCAUCAGCGUGUCGUCGUCGUUUUAUAUGCGAGAUGGAGUUUCGAUCUCGUUUCAACCCGAUCAGCGCAAUGGCUUUUCGCAUCGUUGGUCGGAGCUUUUUUGAAAAAUACACAAAUGCGAGAAAUCCACUCGGUCAGGCGCAUUCUUUUGGGGAAUGUGCGGCAGUUAACCCAGAAUGUGAAUUUAUAGAGCAAAACGAUGAGGAAACAAACUCUCCUCCAAAAGAAAGCGCAGAAGAACAUUCCUCAGCCUCAGGUGUUGAAAAUGAAAUCGAUGUCAGUUCUGCUGAAAAUCACAAUACCGACGAUGGCAUUACAGUUAAUGUGGAAAGUCAAAAUGAAGCGAAUUUGAAGACGGAACGUCUGACCAAAAAAUCACUCAUACACCGAUUUAGAGUGUAAAUCAUUGGCAGAAAAAAUUUUCAGGCAAACUCAAUUCUGGUUGAAAAUAUACCGAAAAUUUUAGGUUUAGUUUAGAGCUAACGUUUAAAAUAUGUGUAUGUAAAUAUUUUAUAUAUAAAAUGAUUUAUUUAUUUAUUAUCUACUUGUAAUAGUAUAUUUAUUGACUUGGCCUUACGUUGACUGACCACAAAUGAAAUAUGUUUAUAUAGUUAACUAUUAAUAAAAUUAAUAAAAUAAAUCACUAUAUUAUUUAAAAAACAUGGCUCCCUAUGUCAAGAAAAUUUAUACUUCUAAAUUCAAUAAGAGAGAGAAUUAGAUUAUUUUCAAAAAAUGUUGAAACUCUUAUAUUCAUUCGUAUAAUUAAAAUUUAUCGACAAAACAUUUAGUUCAGACAAAUUGGACAAAAAAAAAACAAAUUGGACUCCAAUUGCGUUUAGUUUUUUUACACUUCUUUUCGUUCUCUACUAUGUACUAUAAAUAUAUUCCUUUUAAACUAAUAUAUUAUAUGCUUGUAAAAUAAGUAAUUUUGCAGUUAAUAAAUUUUUUUUCACGUACGAUCUAUUAAUUGAAAUUAAAUAUUUCUUUCAUCUGAAGAAAAUUACAAAACAUUGCUUUCUCCUACUCCCCCUGACCAUUGUGUCAGAUUCAAACCAAACCCGUCCCCCUCUUCGCCGAGCUACGUGGUGUACGGAGUUAAAUUAGUUUUGAAGGUUAUAUUAAACAAAGAUAAGGGCUGUCUAACGUAACAUGAAACUUAUAUUAAGUUUUUCUGUAAUUUAGUUUAUUUCACAAUAAUUUUCCAAAAAUCUUC